AUGGCGAUCAAGAAAGCUCUUCCCUGGGUCUUAAACAUUUUGAUCCUCACUUUUCUGGUUUUGAUGCCAUUUGUUCAAUCCUCUAGUUCAAGUCAUAUAUAUCCAUCAAACAUAGCAGGAAGCAGGGCCAAAACAACAAACAUAGAGGUUGGAAGAUUUAGGAAUGAAGCUGCUUCUGUUGGCACAGUAGAAGACUCGGCAAGACAAGUUCCAACUGGACCUGACCCUCUUCAUCAUAACAACAAUCCUAUAGGCCCUUGA